CUUUCAUCGGACACAACCGGAUUCGCGCGCGCACACAGACAGACGGGACAGAGAUGGAGUAUGACAGCGGCAGUGUGUUGUUAUAACCGGACGGCAGUGUGUUGUUAUAACCGGACGUCUGUGCGUUUGAGUGAGCAAGGAUUUAUAUGUUUAUAUAAAUAUUUUUUGGCCGGACUUCACGAGGUGUUCAGUCAUGGAUUUGAGGUUAUUGUUCUUGCUGCUGUUGCUGGUUCAGUUUUCUGCUGAGGGCACUGCAAAAGAAGGAGGCAAACCCAAGAAAGGCAAGAAAGGCAAAAAACCAGUCGUCUGUCCUUCUCAAUUGUCAGCCGAAGAUCUCGAUCGAGUUCCUGCCAAUUCCACUAGUAACAUCCUCAACCGUCUGCUGGUGACUUAUGACUCCCGCAUCCGCCCAAACUUCAAAGGCAUUCCAGUGGAGGAUAAGGUGAACAUUUUCAUCAACAGCUUUGGCUCAAUUCAAGAGACCACAAUGGAUUACCGUGUAAACAUUUUCCUGCGGCAGCGCUGGAACGACCCGAGGUUGCGCUUGCCAACAGACUUCAAGUCAGACGCGCUGACAGUGGACCCCAAAAUGUUCCAGUGCCUGUGGAAGCCUGAUCUGUUUUUUGCCAACGAGAAGAACGCCAACUUCCAUGACGUGACACAGGAGAACAUCCUGCUGUUCAUCUUCCGCAACGGGGACGUGCUCAUUAGCAUGAGGUUGUCAGUGACUCUCUCAUGUCCUCUGGAUCUCACCCUUUUCCCCAUGGACACACAACUUUGCAAGAUGCAACUAGAAAGCUAUGGCUACACCACAAAGGACCUGGUGUUCAUGUGGCAGUCGGGUGACCCAGUUCAGAUGGACGAGAUUGCUCUGCCGCAGUUUGAUGUCAAACAAGAGGACAUUGCUUACAGGAACUGCACCAAAUUCUACCCUGGAACAGGUUAUUACACGUGUGUGGAGGUGAUAUUCACUCUAAGGAGGCAGGUCGGCUUCUACAUGAUGGGUUUCUACGCUCCCACGCUCCUCAUCGUGGUCCUGUCAUGGCUGUCUUUCUGGAUUAACCCCGAUGCCAGCGCAGCCCGUGUUCCUUUAGGUAUUCUGUCUGUCUUGUCACUCACAUCUGAAUGCACAUCUCUGGCAUCUGAACUGCCGAAAGUCUCCUACGUGAAGGCCAUUGAUAUCUGGAUGAUCGCCUGCCUGCUCUUCGGCUUCGCCUCACUGGUGGAGUAUGCUGUGGUUCAGGUCAUGCUGAACAGUCCUAAGCAGAUAGAGGCGGAGAAGGCGAGGAUGGCUCAGAAGGAGAAGGAGAAAGAAAAAGAGAAAGAGAAGGAAGGGAAGAACACGUCCAAGGCCAACUCCAUUAAUGGCACUGGAGGAACCCCGAUUCAUGUUAACACGCUGCAGGUGGUUGAAACCCGCUGUAAGAAGGUGUGCACCUCCAAAUCGGACCUGCGCUCUAACGAUUUCAGUAUUGUCGGCUCUCUGCCACGCGACUUCGAGCUCUCCAACUUCGACUGCUACGGGAAGCCCAUCGAGUCCACAAAUGCGCUGCUCAAAUCGCAGAACAAGAAUGCUAAGAAGCCGCCGCCCCCAAAACCUGUCAUCCCGUCAGCUGCCAAGCGCGUCGACCUGUACGCUCGUGCACUAUUCCCUUUCUCCUUUCUCUUUUUCAACGUCAUCUACUGGUCCGUUUACCUGUGAGCCAUGUGUGUGUGUGUGUGUGUGAUUUUGAGCAUGCAUGACUGCCAAGACAGAGUUUCCAGCAUGCACCAAGUAUUUGAGAUUUGCAAUAUUUGCCAUUUCCACCUGAUAACGAAGCUAAAGACUCAUUGCCCAUGAGGUAUGUAAUAAUUGUCAAUAUCACAUCCAACUUAGGCUUGUGUGCUAUUGAUUAUCUGGUUUAAUAAAAAUAAUAGCCUCAAAAAAACAUUGAAAAAGCUGUGCAGUCGGGGGCUGCUUGUUGGCAGUGGCAAUUACAAAAUCUCAGCUGGAUGGUGGAUUUUUAGGUGAUUCUUCAUUAAUACAUAGUAAACGAUAUAAUUUGAUAUAAUUCAUUUACAGUCAGUUGCCUAACAUCCACAUGGCUGACAUUUCAUCCUUGUUUGCUUUCAAAAGUCCAAUUUUUUUUGCCAUUUUUACCCAAAAAUAUUUCUGAAGUUAACUCUGUAAUUGUAAUGUUAGCUAAAUCGAACCAAAUAUACACUGAUAGAUUAGAUUAGAUUAGAUUAACUGGAAACAUUCCCCAUUUACCCAGUCGAAUGUGUGAGAUAGACGAAGGGGGCGGGGCUUUCUGGUGGUGUCAGUUCAUAUCAGAGAGUGAAACACCUGCGAGAAUCGUUCCAGAUUCAUUUGUCAAGCAGCUCAUCUGUCGUUUUUAUUGAGUGGAAAAAAAACCCCCCCCCCCACUCUUUUAGGUGUAUUUUUGAGUCAGAACUUACUUCCAAUCAGAAGUGGACAAAGUACCCAACUUCAUUACUGAAGUCAAAGUACAGAUCCCACCGGUCAAAUGUUACUCCGAUACACGUGAAAGUUGUCCAGUCAAAUUUUUACUGAAGUUAAAGCACUGAAGUACUUGCUUUUAAAAAUACUUAAGUAUUAAAAGUACAUUUUCUGUCAACACAUCGUUGUAUUAUUGCCACAACGCUUACAAAACCUAACGCCGUUACCAAAGACGGAAAUGUGAAUUCACAAAAUGAACGCAUGCUGUGCCAUCAUGAUGGUUUAACGUUAAGCUAGCUAGUCAGUGAAAAUCCACCUGACAUGCUGGCAAACUCUUUUCAAACUCUAAAUCAUACUGAGUACCUAACGCUACUAGAAAAGAAAGAUUUCUACAUUCUGUUUAUUUGGCAGCAUUAUGCUAAAACAUAUUUCUGAAAGGACUUCAGAUAAGUUAACGUUAUUCAUGUUAGCGUAACUCUGUUUUACAUGCUAACUAACAGUGUCCAAGUUACCCAGCUAUGUGUAAACGUUAGCUGUGGACAAGGCUACGGCAACUUGGCGGGCAAAUCCAUAGAAAGUCAUUUGACUAACCAGACUGCAACGCUAUUGCAACGUUAUCGCUAGCUCUAAAAGCACAGACAACUUCGUUGCAAGCUUUCUCUUGGAAUAAAACGUUUACAGACCUCAAUAUGCUUCCGCAGGUCGGACGAUGAGUUUUUGUAGUUUGAUGUGGUUUGGUUUUUGGCAAACAAAGCAAACAUUUAAAACUAAACGAAUCUUUAUUCCUUUCAGAAAACUGAAACAUGGGUUCUCGGUAAAGCCAUGAUGGUGUUCAUGAAGAACCGCCUCCUUCCAUUCUGCCAUCAACUGAUCGUGUUCAAAUAAUGCUGCUGAGAAAUCAGUGAACUUGAUUUUAUACAGUCUAUGGACGUGACGUGACCCUAGUGACUACUGACAGACUGUCUCAGUGUCACCUGUGAAAAAACCAAUCACGUUUUAGAAAAGAAAAGUAAAACCAUCCACUUUCAAAGCUGCUUCAUAGUAACGAGGACCUUGAUAGAAAUGUAGUGGAGUGAAAAGUACAAUAUUUGCCGUUCAAAUGUAGUGAAGUUAAAGUCAUAAGUUUCCAAACAAAAUAAUACUCAAGUGAAGUACAGAUACUCAAAAAGUGUACUUUUUAAGUACAGUACUCAAGUAAAUGUAUUUCGUUACUGUCCACCCCUGCUUCGAAUCCUAGCAUACUCGUUACUCACUAAACUCAUAAAGGUUGGUUGUAAUAAAAUAUAAUCAGAGUAAUAUCACUGAUUAUUGUUGCAUUGUAUUAUAAUAUUACAUAUAAAUUAUUAUAUCACACGAGCCUAAUCUUACAUACAGAUAUUUUUAUUACAGAGCAUUGUAUUUUGAUGUGCAAAAUUAUUGGCACCCUCAAUAUAUUUGGGGGGAAAACCCCAAAAUGGGUGUUUAGUGUUGUUGAGGAUUGUUAUCAAAUUAGAAACCGUAAGAGAUGUGAAAUAGUACAAAUCACAAGUUAUUUAUUUAUAAAACAUUACAGUAAAGGAUUUAUCGAAGUACACAAAGAAAAAAUUGAAUAGAAUUUUACAUCCAGUCAACUACAAAUAUUUCAUCAUAUCAUGGUGAUAUAGAACUUCUAAUAAAACCUGAAAUACAUCCAGAAGUGUGUAUCAUGUUAUGAUAUCGGUCACUUCCAGGCUUCAGUGGUGGUAAUUUGUACCCCUAAGGAAAAAAAAAACGUAAAUGACUUAUUUACUUCUUGUUUACUGUUUUGGAGUGCAUGACUUUGCAAAGUGGAAAGUUCAGACUCCUUUCUAACCAGCUUCUUUGCAUUGAGACCAUUUUACAUCUGUGUGUG